AUGGAGGAUGAGGAGGGCUACACGGCUUUGAACCUGCGGCCCAAGCAGGGCGGCUCGGGCGGCCCGUCCCCAGCCGGGAACCUAGGCUCCCGUCAGUGUCCUGGCUGGCUUCAGGUCGCUCUAGGGGCUGGGAAUCUCAUCCUGGCAGUGGCUGUGCUAUUGCUGGCAGUGUGUGUUUCCCACUUGGUGUCUGAGAAGGGACAGACCCCGGCAGCCCCUGGGAGCGACGGAGCCGGGAGCAGAGAUACAGCGACACCCCCUGGGAGCGACGGAGCCGGGAGCAGAGACCCCAGCACAGCAGAAUGCAGCACCUGCCUAGAGCGUUUCCGAUCCCAGCUGUGCCCCCCGGCCCCGCCCGGCCCAGCAGGGGGCUCCGGGUGCAAACUCUGCCCCACGGACUGGCAGCUGCGCAGGGACAAGUGCUACUGGGUCUCCAGAGGAAGUAAAACGUGGAGCGAGAGCCACGCCGACUGCUCAGCGAGGGGCUCCCAGCUGCUGGUGAUCCGGGACCGGGAGGAGCUGGAGUCCUUACAGGCCCUGACAAGAGGCAUUUCUCUGUUCUGGGUCGGACUGUCCGUCCCCUCCCCGGAGAAGGCCUGGACCUGGCUGGACGGCUCCCGGCUGGAUCAGACCCAGCUCCCGGUGUCAGGCCCGGCUGAGGGGAACCGCUGUGGGACAGUGAAGGGGAAUCAGAUUCAUUCUGAAACCUGCAGCUCUGCAUUUCAGUGGAUUUGCCAGAGAGACGCCGUCCCGCUCUGAGCGGGGCAUCCGUGGCCCGUUAAUAAUGGCAAGGAGCCUUUCAUCAAUAAAAGCAUCACGACUGCUGACCCUGUGUCCCUGACUCUCCC